CUAAACCCAAUGUGCGACAGAUACAGAUACCAAAUGCAUUUUAUGACUCUUGUUGAAUAAUCAAAAAGCUACAAAUAUUCAAAUGAGCAAUAAACACUUAUUUGCUAACUAUAUACAUAUGACCUUUGAUAAUAGGGGUAUUUUUAAAUGAAAUAUUUCUAUGAAAGUAAUUUAUAUACUCCUGUCCUGACCACUCAGUUUCUCUAAAAUUCUCAAUAUUUUCAGACACCGGUAUGGAAAGGGAAAUGGCUGCAGACUCUCAGACUCCUGUUGAAUUUACCAUGGAGGAGUUGUGUCAGCCACCACUGGAGGCCAAAUCAGAAGUCACUAACAAGCUUCUAGAUCUUCAGUGGAAAAUGGGUAUGGCAGUGAGCUCAGACAAUUGCAGAUCUCUUAAGUCUCCUUAUGUUGCAUUGAUGCUAAAAGUAGCAGAUCAGUCAGGCCAGAUAACAAACAAGUCCUUUGAAAUGACAAUUCCACAAUUUCAGCAUUUCUUCAAACAGUUAAAAGAAAUGGCUGCUGUUAUUGAAACUGUGUAAAAACUACUCGCCUUGUUACCUUUGUAAAAUAAUGUAUAUCAUUUGAUGUAAACACAAUUCCAUAAAGAUUGAAUGAUAUUUCUUAAAUGUAGAUGUAAUUUUUUUGUCAUUUUCAUAGGGUAAGAUAGUACUGUUUUAGGCUUUAUUCAUGUCUUACAACAUCUUAGAAUCUCAUAUUUAAAUAAGUAUUGUAUUGACAAUUACAAAUAAACUUGACAAAACAAAGAUGCUUAAAUAAGAUAACUUGAAAGAACAUGCAGUAAUUUGUAGGAUUAGUAAAAUGGUGGUAUAAGAGAGAAAAUAAAAUUUUAACUUAUUUGAGUUCAGGUUCAAAAAGUGACUUGAUCAAAUAUAAAUCUAUGAAACUAUCAACAUUAGAAACUGGACAAAGCUAUCUUUGAAUGCCAACACAAACAGAGAGAAGAUGAAUUCCUCAUUCCAGAUGAAUCUAUACAAAGCAUACUAAGUUCUUCACUUUGGAGAUGGAAAAAGAUUUUAAUGCAUUAUCUUACUAACUAAUGUAAUUAGAGCAAAGAUAUGGCAUUGAAAAAUUACAUAGAAAUAAUUGCCAGUGAGUUUUAUAGGAAUGUUAGGAAGUAUUUGUGCAAGAGUUCAAAGUUAAGUAAAAUGUAUAAUGUUGAUGAAACAGUAUUGUUUUGCAGAGGUUACCCAGCAAAGGUUAUUUGUGUUCAAAAUGCUCACAAAUCUUUCCUUAUGCUUUAAUUACAGGAUUAUAGAUUUAGAAAUGGGGGGAAUUUUUGAGGUCAUCAAAUAGUUUAAUCACCAUUUGAGGCCCAGAGAGUUUAUAAUUUGCACAGAGUCAUACUGACAAAAAUAAAUGAAAACCAAAAUGUGAAUCUUUGUCUUCUGACUCUAAAUCCAGGACUCUUUCCACUGGACUACCAUUGUUCAUAUGUGAUAUGUGAACUGAGACUUGGGAGACUUGAAUUUUGGUCUCCAUUCUGCCACUAAAUUACUUCUGUACUUUGGAUAAGUCAUUUAACCUCUCUGUUUAUCUUUCUUUAUUUGUAAAAUGAGAGGGUUGGACCAAAUCUUUAAGUUUCCUUCUACCGCUAAAAUUUCAGAAUCAGAGGAAAAUCUGAAUUAUUAUUAUGUCAAGGAAUAGUUUUUCUAAACUGAAAUUUUAUGUAAUAGAUAAAGCAAAGAAACCAAAUUUAUUUCUAGUAGCUGGAACUUCAAAUCUAUUAGUGUUUUCAAACAAGAAGUGUGGCUGGAUCAUUCUAUUUUUAGGUGAUAGCACAGAAAAUAUUUUGUGCCACAGAUUUUAAAAUAUUUGAAAUU